CUUCACGGCCGUGGCACUUCUGCUUCUUGUCUGUCAGAGAGUGGAUUAGGUUUUAUCUAUUGUUGCCUCACUGCUUGUGGUGUGGGCAUCGACUGCCGAGUCGCCGGCUCUUUCUUUCCAAUCGGCAACAAUGCCGAGGGCUUUCACUGUCCGGUUCACUGCAUGCAUCUGUGUAAUUCUUUUGGUGAUCUAUGGCGACGCAGCCGGCGCCGGAAUUUUGGCAUCAUCAAUUGGUGGCAAAGGGCGUAAGGCAAGGCCAUCUGGGCUCGAUUCAGCAUCGGCAAUUGCUUCCUUCUCUGCUUCCAGCUUGCGGGAGUUGCGACUGGAAGUACCGCCCCCGUCUCCCAUCCUCCCGAUCCCAACUGCAGGCCAGCUGGCAUGGCAUAGGCGGGAACUUUCGCUGUUGGUUCAUUUUGGCAUGCAGACAUUUGGGUUAGGAGAUGGAGCCGACUCGCCAAGAUUGUUCACGCCACUGCAAAUGAACACUACCCAAUGGGUAGAGGCGGCGGUGAGGGGUGGGUUUCGUACAGUUAUUUUGACCGCCAAACCCGAAGACGGCUUCUGCUUGUGGCCAAGCAACUACACUUCCUAUUCCGUCAAGUCGGCCUCGUGGCAGUCUGGAAAUGCGGACAUCGUUGCAGAGCUGGUAGACUCUUGCGGGAAACUUGGAGUUGCGGUUGGCCUCCAUCUGUGCCCCCAAGACAAUCAUGAGCUCAGGUUUGGCGACGUUUCAAGAUACAAUGAGUACUUCAUCGCGCUUCAUAGAGAGCUCAUGACGUCGUAUGGACCAUUUGCGGAAGUGCGGUACACGGGGAGUGGCAAGACCUACCCUUACAGCUAUGGGAAAUACUGGGCCGUUGAUCGGCAGCUUCAGCCUAUGGCACAGAUCUUCUCUGACGCAGGGCCGGAUAUUCGAUGGGUUGGAAACUCCAAUGGCCAAGGGAGUGAUACCUGCUGGUCCAUGAUCGACAGAAGUCGGCUCACACCAGGUACACCAGAAAGUCCUAAUGAGGAGAAAAUGGAGUACCUGGCACAAGGGGAUGAGAAUGGGUCCGACUGGUGUCCUGCUGAGUGCGAUGUGUCGAUGCGAGCAAACUGGUUUUGGAAAGCAGGGGACAGGCCGAAGAACCUGAUCAAUCUUGUUGACAUCUAUUUUGCGUCGGUCGGCAGGAACUGUGUCCUCCAACUGAAUCUCCCUGUCCGUCCAGACGGACUUCUUGAUCUCGAGGACGUGUCCGGGAUAUACCAGGUUCAUGAGGUUUUGAAGUCGGUCUUUUCCGUCAAUUUCUGUCGAGGCAGGCCUGCGAAUGCAAGCAGCGUGUGGGGAGACAGAGCUGCUGCGAUCCGCAUGAAACAAGCGAUGGCAGGCCAAAGGAAGAAGAAUCUCAGGCCAUCGGCAAUACACCGUGGUGCAGGCGACGAGGAAGAGUCUGGCAUGGAACCGGCGUUACGCCCUCGUACAGAUGAGUUCCUGGAGCACCGUGGCGCAGAUGACUCAGCUGUGUUGCACGUGCAAAGAUUGCGGCUGCUGUCGUUAGAGAAUGACAGCUUGUUCCCUUUUGGUGCGCAUAAGGCUGUGGAUGGCGAUCUGGAGACAUAUUGGGCAGCUGAUGCGGGAGAGACAGCAGGGACACUUGAAGUUGAUCUCCAGUCCCCGACUCAAUUUAACGUGGUUCGUAUACAGGAACCCAUACAAAUGGGACAAAGAGUUGCCCAGUAUAUGGUUCAGGCUUGGGUGGUGGGACGACCUGACGAGAGCAGGUCGGCAAAUGGAGUUGUGGCGGGACAGUGGCAGACUCUGUCCUCUGGGACUACGAUCGGUCACAAAAAACUCGAUCGAUUACCAGACGUGGUCAAUGCCACCAAAGUCAGGCUGGUUAUAAUUCGUGGAAGAGCGAAUCCUCUGAUCGCGGAGUUUGGGCUUCACCUGAUAAGGCAUGGCCACUUCCGGGUGUCUCGAGAUGAGAGGAAAACCACGAUACAGGCAAUGAAUGAGGUUUGAUAGGCGGCGUUGCACAGGCAGACGGUCGGCACCCCUCGAUUGGUCCGAUGCCAACCAGCCGACUGGUCGGCAGUCGGCAGCAUCCCGCACAAAUAUUGAAAAAUAAAUAAAUAUUUGGGAGUCCAUAACCCCCAAUAAAUCCACCAACACCCCCAUACCCCCUCCCAACACCGCUAACACCCCCCCCCAAUACCCCUGUAUCACUCCUAUACCCCCCAACCCCCCCCCUAACCCCUCCGCACCUCCCCCCAUCCCCAAAAGUUUCGCAGUGGGUUUGGGCUGUACUGAGCAAGCACAGUACAUGCCCAUAGUCAGAUUUUAAAAAAGUCAGUGGAUCCCUGUUUACUGACUGGUCGGCAGACCGCCGACCACUCGGCCCUACCGGUAGGCUGCAAAUCGGUCGGCGGUCGGCGGGUAUGCAAUAAUGCAACCCUGUUGAUAGGUGAAUUGAGGAGAACGACUCCAGAGAACAGCGACUAUAAACUGUCGCACUUUGUGCGUCAACAAACAGUGGGGAUUGGGGUUGAAAUUUCCAAAAGCGCUGCUGCAAUUUUUAAAUAAUGGACACAAACUGCUGUCCUGCUGACUGCUGAUCCUCUUUGCGGUAAGUUAUUUUGGAGAUACAAAAGUGGUGUGUUCCAACUUCCUAGUUAGCCAAAUUAGUAGGGGUUGACAUUGCCAUGCCUCAGCGGUGAUUUCCUAGUUUGGGCUCUCAGUAAUGUGUGAGACGGUCGCAGCAACGAGGACGCCAAAGCAUUCACAAGGGCGACGCUGCCGUGCCUCAGUGGUAAUGUUGACUGCUUUUGAUGCAACGAUCGGGCUCUAUACAAUGUAUUUCUCGAGCAACAGGAGGCUCGCACCUCCGAGGCCAAGCUUUGAGGAGUCAGGAACUUGGGGAGUUUGUGUUGUGUUGUGGUGUGUGAUAGGUAAAGCAAGGGGUUCUUAGGGAGUUUGUGUUGUGUUGUGUUGUGUGAUAGUGAAAGCAAGGGGUUGCACAAUUUAUAUUACGAGAUUAGUAGGUUGUUAUUAUACCAGGUUUUUUUUGUUUUGUUUUUUACCAGUUAUAUUAUUCAAUAUUUAUAUAUAUAUAUAUUUGACGAUAUAUAUAUUAUAUAUGUAUGGUAUAUUUUAUGUAAAUUGCAGGGCAGGACCUGUCUUUCAAAUAAGUCAAAAAGAGGUUGAACAUCAGGUACGCCAUAGGCCGCACAAGUCAAAUCAACCGGUACCCCAUAG